ACAGGGGAUUCCAAACGUCCGCUGAAUAUUCUCCAUUCCAGGAAUGAACAUAGGUUGCGACGGAUAAAGCGAAAUCCUGGGAUGAUCCUAACUGAAUCUGGUCCUUACUUACAAACGAACCAUCGUCUGACACAACCUAAAAAUCUGCAGAUUAUUCCAUUUCACUUUGGAUCAUUCAAUAUUUCUUGGGAAAUGGAGUCCGAAGCUGAACGGUGGAUUAGUCACUAUGAGCUCGUACUUCUGAACCUCGGAGAAGUCCCCUCCAAGGAAGAACAGUUACGCUGCGGUGCGUUUCUUCAAGCCCAUAACCUGACAGAUGGGUCUCCUAUUACACAGGGCGGCAGUAUACAUGAUCGACAAUUAUCCAUUAAUGUUACUGCUCCGGCUUCAUCAGUUAUCAUCACUGGGUUGCCCCCGGACAAUUUCUACCGAGUCCUCUUGUUUGCGAUGAUUGGAUCCCAUCGUAGCACACCUGCAUCGAUGCCUUCCUCUCCGAGAGUUCCCGCCCUUCCACCUUUGACGUCACCUACUGAGGUCAAGGUUACUUCUCGUGGGACACAAGCCGCAAAAGUGGCCUGGAGACCACCGGUUGGAGCCGACUGUACCGGAGAAUUGAUCAAUUACGUGAUAACCAUCAAUUCCACACGUUUAAUCGAACCGCUCAUCAUCAAACUGGCCAGGGAUGCUCAGAGCCAUGUGGUUAGCGACCUGAUUCCUGGUACGUACUACUCCGUGCAAGUGGCGGCAACCACGAGAGGUGGUGUUGGUCUGGCCUCAGUACCAGUCCACUUCCGUACGGGAGGCGAGCUGCCUCGAGUUGAAUUGGAUGAUCUUGAUGAGGUUGAAGUUCCACUUCUUCCGGAAGAAUUAGAAGAGAUGGCUAAUGAGAACAGACAGUACUUCGAAGGUGGGCUUGCCAGGUCCCAUUGGAUCUCAACGGGUCAGGAUGCACUCGGACCGGAUCAGGUCUACUUGAUUCCCGCCAAAAUAUACAACUUACGGGCGACGCCUGAUCAGACAACCAUACAUCUUAAAUGGUCAGUUGCCCUCCGUCGUGUGGACCCAGAUUCUGAACAUGAACUAUUCAGUAUUAUGGAUCUAGACAAACGGCCACAAACGAUGACGUCUGACCAGAAUCGCCCGCUACGCGUGCAACUUUCUGGACCGCAGUCUGUCACGGCCUAUUUGCCUCCAGGCACAAAAUACAUCAUUCGCUGGGGCGACAUGCACCCCGGACCAUCGGAAGACACAGUGAUGGGAGAUCAGGCAGAAUACUUGAUAGAAAAUUUGCAUUCUGAACAUGAACUAUUCAGUAUUAUGGAUCUAGACAAACGGCCACAAACGAUGACGUCUGACCAGAAUCGCCCGCUACGCGUGCAACUUUCUGGACCGCAGUCUGUCACGGCCUAUUUGCCUCCAGGCACAAAAUACAUCAUUCGCUGGGGCGACAUGCACCCCGGACCAUCGGAAGACACAGUGAUGGGAGAUCAGGCAGAAUACUUGAUAGAAAAUUUGCAUACCGGAACCCUCUCAUCUAACGGUCCGAUUAUCCCUGUGAACCUUGUUGUGCGGGCUGUUGGAUCAACAUGGGCUCGUGUGGGUUGGGAACUGCCGGAGCUCCCAACUCGUCUGCAAUCCCAGGUGCUUCUGUUUAAAAUAAAAUACUAUCCAAUUAACGUCGAUCGGUCCACCAUGCAGACCUUUCAGACAGGAACCCCUUCAUCAGAGGCCACCGUGAUCACGGUUAAUUUGAGUGUGCCACUGAAUCCCACCACAGCGGCUUCUCAGCAAUCGUGGCCGUUCAAAGCGGUCCUUCGAGGUCUUCAGCCGGCAACACAAUAUGAGUUUGGAGUUUGUUUAUUGGAUCCCCCUACCGAAGGGGCUAGUUUCCACAUGCCAGUGAAGGGCCAAACGAUAUCCCCUGAGCUAUGCUGGAGUAUGGUACAGGGCUUUGAGACUUUUGGCAAAAACCCAUCAGACGCGCCUACGAAUAUUCGAAUCUCCGUACCACGGGAAGUAGUCGACCCCCUCGCGCAAAACGAAGUGGGUGGACGUGAAAGUAAACCGUCUUCAGCGAAAUCCGGUGUGCUUGUCCGUCUCCACUGGGAUGCACCUUUGCGGGCCAAUGGAGAAAUAGGGGCCUACGUAAUCUACCUGAGUGCAGAUCGAUCGAAAAGUGUUAAUGAUUGGUCAGAACACACUGUCCCUGGUAGUAUGAACUCCGGCAACUUACCCGGUCUACAACCGAAGCAGAUCUACUUCCUGCGAAUGGUAGCCCGAAACAGACAUGGGACAUCACCGUUUUCCCCAGUGGUUGCCUUCCGGACCCCAGACUCUAAUGGGCAAGGAGGUGGAAUGAUCCGAUUGUCAAAGACAUACUAUGAUGCCCGUGAAAUAUUCGAGCCUCUGGAUACAGUGAUUCCAGCGGGGGUUGAUCAGAAUCAGGCAGCUGGAGUUCGCCCUUCAACAAACGCAGUCGACGAAACCAGUGGAGCGGAUCAACUCCGUUGGAUUAUCGUUGGCUCGGUACUCGGUGGUACCGUGGUAAUCGUACUGGUUGCCACAGCGGUGCUGUUCAGUCGAUGUCGAAAGUCGCGGAACUCACUGGGGAUAAUGAAACGGUCUACCUCCAAGCAACCCUACAUGCCAGGCUAUCCAAACGUGUAUCGAUCGGACACAACCAGUCCUACUGAUGUCAACACGAAAACAGCUAGUUUCUCCUUACAAGAUCCUUGUCAUGGAGGGUGCAGUGUCACUGGAAGUGGAGCAGGCGGGUCGAAUAGUGGGUGCCACCUGACUGGAUGUACUUUAUCGGACAACUCACCUGUGGACCCUAGGCCUUCAAGUCAUGAAUGCUCGGGGCAUCACCCACCUGGAAUCUAUCGUCCCUGUUUGGAUUGGUCCACACCGAAUCGGAUGCACGCUUCAAAAUGCCACAUGACAGGAGUAGAACCAAAAUGUUGUGCUGCCUUAUCUGACUCCAGCGGGCCUAUUUGGACCCAACUGACGACAGUCAUUCCUGGUUGUAUCGACGACAGGCACUCGACAACUGCCGGAAGCGAUAUCGAUACUCCCGGUUCGUGUUCUGGAAGCUCACGGAGAUUCGAUCCCGGAAUAGGACGAAAACAGUCCAAGCGGAACGAAGGUUCUGAAUGUUGUGACCAUGGGUUUCAUGGACAAGGUGGAUACGGACUGGAGCUUAGCUCAGACCCUUUUAAUCACGACCGUGGUGAACACAUUCAGCAAAAUAACGCAUACCGACCCAUAGCCAACAAAAGACGUUUAAUGAAUGGAUACCGAAACGAUAUUGAAGAGCGCUCCCCUGACAUGUGUGUUGUUCAACAGAGAUCGAUACCAGCCCCUAUGGUUGCUUUCACCGGUAGCGGGAGUUUGAACGAUGAUGAGGCCAUCACGUCAUCGCCGGCAAGCAGUUCCGCCGGCAGGACUUCAGCUAACUUGCCCCACUGGUCACCUAUGAGAAAGUAUCACCCACUGGGACAGCAGUCAGCCCAAUCCGGCUUCUAUCCCCAUGACAAAUCAGAACCGAUAAGCCCCCAGAGAAGCCGCGUCAACCAUUGUCAGAUGCGGCUGGACAGUAGGAACAACUCCGAUUCAAACAAAUUUGGAGGAAAGUCCUCUUACUCGUCGAACGCCGGAGAUCAUGGGAAUUACGGAAAUUUGAUGGUCACAAACCGAGUGAACGCAAUGAGCUCAGAUUACGCAUCGCAACAAAGCAGUCUGAGUGAGUCUAAUCCCAAAGUGUACGCUUUUCCGACACUUCUUGUCAGCUCUAAUUCAAAUCGAUCACGCAUUUUUCUGACUAUUGCAGGCAAUCCAUCGAGUGCAUCCAGCGCAGUUGGAAACGGAUUUUCCCCCGAAAGACCCUUCGUGAGCAAGACCAACAUUAUGACAACCUGCGAUCAGCGAGCCAAGGACAUAGGCCUUUCGUUUGCUCUGGAUCGUGUCCCGACUCCUGAACCAACUCCGAGACCAGCUCCACUUAACCGCUUAGCUGGGGGGAAGAUGAGUCAACCUGAGGAGAUGGGAAAUCGUUGGAAUAUUGAAAAGUUGGAAGACCUAAUUGGCAGGACAAAACUAGGACCAGAUACUGCCACAUCAUCACCAACCCUGGUGAAAAAAGCCCAGCUAUCCUUUCUGGGUUCAGGACAAGAGGAAAUUAUGAAAAAUCGGGACGGAUUUUCUCACGAAAACACUCCGGAAACGGUGGAUAGCAUUUCCGAAAAGCAGUUGGUUCGUGAAUAUAGCGCGGAAGAGCUGCAUCAAGAGAUGGUCAACCUCGAAGGUUUGAUGAAAGACCUAAAUCAAAUCACACAACACCAAUUCGAAUGUUAGUCUGGAUUAUUGUCUUCAUUCGCCCGGAUCUUGCAGUCACAUAGACAGAUCUUCACUCUCAAAAUGGCUUUCAUCGUGAAACCCGCCCUAUCCUUGCACAUGUACCCCGUCCUAAAGGAACGAAGCCGCCAAAAAAACUGAAUUUGGAUCAAUCUGCAUUUUGCCCCAAGCAUUUCAAAGAAUGAACUCAUUUCAUUUAGUGGCUGAUUAGCCUCAAAACCGAACUUUUUCCCACUGAACCUGUUCCACACUUUAGAAUCUACCCAUGGCGCGAAAGCGUAUAGGAAUUUUCUGGAUGGCUCUUACAAAUGGAUUCGAUUCCAUCCACGCUUUUCCUAGUCUGUAUGACGAACUCCCCGCCUUCCAGUUCACAUGGUGCUUUUAUUUAUAAAAACCGGACAAACAUGUUUUAAUCUAGCUUCAAAAAACGUGCAACAAAACUGCCAAAAUUUCUUAACAUACGAAGACACGAUAAUGAGCCACUUUUGCUAAUGUAAUAUCUGUAAGAAAUUUUGAACCAUACUUAUACGGA